AGUAAGAUCGUGACAGUGGACGUGAAGGGGACCAGCCCACUGUGGAUGAAGGUGAAGGAUCUGGCCGAGGGCGUGACGUACCGGUUCCGGAUCCGGGCCAAAACCUUUGCCUAUGGGCCAGAUGUUGAGGCAAACAUCACCACGGGGCCUGGGGAAGGUGCCCCUGGACCCCCUGGCGAGCCCUUCAUCUCCCGCUACGGCUCGGCUAUCACCAUCCACUGGUCAAGCGGAGACCCCGGCCAAGGGCCCAUCACCAGAUACGUCAUCGAAGCCCGGCCUUCAGAUGAGGGGCUCUGGGACAUCCUCAUCAAAGAUAUCCCCAAGGAGGUGACCUCCUACACCUUCAGCACGGACAUCCUCAAGCAGGGGGUCAGCUACGACUUCCGUGUCAUCGCCGUCAACGACUACGGCUAA